ACAUAGGCUUCAGCCGUCUCAAGGUUGAGUUGUUGCGAGUCUCGCUUGGUUCUGGUAAAAGUCUUUUAAAGCUUCUCGUUUUGAAAGCAUUGGAGCAGUCUCACCUGCUGCAGGUGGCGCGAGGUCGCCCUCUCCUGGCGCCUCCGCAGUCACGUGACCUCUGGCACCCGUUUACCUGGCGCUGCGUGACGUCACCGCGCAGGAGCAGGACCUGGCGCACGUGAUGAGGUCAUAGCUCUCCGCUGGACACAGGUGCUAAGCCUGCUUUAAACUGUUGUUUAACACGGAUCCGGUGCCUCUGUGCGCGUUAGAGCAUGUCUGCGUCAGCGGUGUUCGUGCUGGAUCUGAAGGGGAAGGUGCUGAUAUGCCGCAACUAUAAAGGCGAUGUGGACAUGUCAGAGAUCGACCACUUCUUCAGCCUGCUAAUGCUACAGGAAGAGGAGGGGCUUGUGUGCCCAGUGAUGUCACACGGCAACGUCCACUUCCUGUGGAUCAAACACAGCAAUCUCUACUCCGUCAUCCCGCCUGACGGAGAGUCUGAGCUCAUGUCGUACCGGAUCAACACACACGUGAAGCCGCUCAUUUGGAUCGAGUCGGUUAUUGAGAAGUUCUCUCACAGUCGGGUGGAGAUCAUGGUGAAGGCUAAAGGCCAGUUUAAAAAGCAGUCCGUGGCCAAUAAUGUGGAGAUCCGCGUGCCGGUGCCGAGCGAUGCCGACUCUCCCAAGUUCAAAACCAGCACAGGUCACGCUAAAUACGUUCCUGAGAAGAACCUGGUGGUGUGGAGCAUUAAGUCCUUCCCGGGUGGAAAGGAGCUUCUGAUGCGCGCUCACUUCGGUCUGCCGAGUGUGGAGAAUCACGAGCUGGAGGGAAAGCCUCCGAUCACCGUCAGGUUUGAGAUCCCGUACUUCACCGUGUCCGGCAUACAGGUGCGGUACAUGAAGAUCAUCGAGAAGAGCGGCUAUCAGGCGCUGCCGUGGGUCCGCUACAUCACACAGAGCGGCGAUUACCAGCUGAGGACGAACAGUUAAUGAGACCAGACGAGAACUGCACAGCAAUUAUGCGGAAGAAGUUUAUUAAAUGUUUUUGUGUCUGUGUUAUUAGUUGGUUUUAUCCUGGCAGAAUUUCAUUAGAAAAAAUGAUUGUAUAAAUCGUUGACGUUGAAUGUAAACACUCAGCAUUUCAGUCAUUUUCAAGUGUUUCCGAAGUCAUGGAAUAUGUUGUCAAUCAUUUCUGUUUAAUUUGGCAAUAAAUUGAAUAUAUUUGUCCUGAAAAAAUUACUGAUAUAAAUCUAAAUAUGUUUAUUAUCAUGAGCGUGUCUUGGCACGAAAGCCUGCUCUUUUACACUCUCUCUCACUCACACACACACACACACACACACACACUCUCU